UCGCGGGUAUUGGUUACUCCUCGCCGCAGCGGGACUCAGACGAAACCGUCACAACGCGCUCGGAGUCAGAAUAGAGAGGGGACCGUGAGCCCAGCAAUGAUCCAUAAAACGAGUAAACCCGUUUCCAUGGACAAGCACGGGCUAAAUUAUUAUCUUUGUACAAUGGGAAAAUACGGGCCAGCGGUGGCACUUGGGAUUAUUGUAACUUUGUCUAUGGGCGCUGUAUACAUCAUAUACAGAAUCAGGAGGGGUCAAAGGAAAUCAAAUGUGCCGCAGGUAGCGCAGGCUGAGAAAGCUGCAAGUGAAGAAAGGUGCGGUGACAAAUCUACAGAGAAACCACUGGAAAAUAGAGAAGCACAGCAUUCCCCGGAAAGUCAUAUCAAGGAACCCAGGGCAGCACUAUCAGUGCCAGGUGAAGACCAAUGCUUUGAUCCAUAUGCUGCAACAGCAGAUAUGCUAGACCAACAUGUUGCUAAUGAGUGCUAUUCUAACCCUGUGUCUGAGCAUCCUGUGCAUCAAAACAAAUAUCUGGUCAGUCAUGAGGAAGAUUUUAGCAUUCAUACUGAGUAUCUGACUGGGCAUCUUGGUGACUGCCAUGAGCAGAGUGAACUAGUGAGUAAUAAUGAGCAACAAGUGGGCAACCAUGAAAAUCACGUGGCAAAUCACAACAAACACCCUGGUCAACUUAUGUAUGAAGAUGAGGAGGAUUUCAGCUAUCAUAAUCAAAGUCCUAGUGACUCUCAGGAAUACCUAAGUCACCACCAAGAACAUGUUUGUAACCCAUCAGAGGUGAAAGAUAUUGAUGUCAAAAUAGAACAGAGGGCAGAGAAUCAGUGUGUCAACUUGAAAGGACAGCUGCAGGAGAAAUUCAAGAAGGCAGACAUAAAUAUACAACAGGCCACUGUGAGCAACCAUCAAGAGCAUCCGAUUUUAGAGAUGAGAAAUGAUGAUGAAGAGUCCAGGAAUGUGGUGCAGGGACUGAGCAGCAGCAUGAAUCACAAGCCAGAGGAGGAUGGGGAUGAUCGGAAUGGAACUGAGGCAACUAUGGUCAACCUCCAAGAAUCAAGUGACCAUAUGUAUCUGAGUAAUAAUGUGGAUGACCUGGAAGGCAAUUUGACUGGUCAGUUACAUGAUAACUGUGAGAAAUCAGAGGUAAACAUUAUGGAGGCUACCAAUGAUGAUGAAAAAUCGCUGAAUUCAAGUGAGACAGAGAUCUUUGAGGGUUUGCCUGAGGUAAGUCUCGACAAAUCCUUGUGGAACACUGCUGAGUUGGAAGAGCAGCCCAAGGUGCCAGUAGAUGGCUUGGGCCAUUCUAAAGUCGAUAUCUUGAAGGACACCAGAGCCACCACAGUUGAUGGGGGCACCAGCAGUAAGAAGGUGGCGGCUGUGCACCCCAUGCCCCAGUCGGUAAUGGUAUGCUUCCAAACACACUUCCUCACCCGCUCACCCUCUCAACUCCUGGCUGUGACAGGGAACCUGCAGGAGCUUGGUGGUUGGGAGAAUUUCUUCCCACUCAGUCAGGCCAACAAUGGGUUCUGGGUUGGCUCCGUCUCCCUCCCAGUGAACAGUCACGUAGAGUGGAAGUUUGUUUUGUUGGAGCAUGGCAAGAUAGAACGCUGGGAAGAAUGCAACAACCAUAACCUGGAGACAAGAUGUGAUGGAGACAUUCACCUUCACAAAUCAUGGGGCUACCUCUGAAUAGCAGAGGAGAUUUAAGCAUAAGCCACACAACAGUAUGGUUUUCAUCUGAAUAAUGUAGCAUCAAAUGUGGUGACUGCAGUGACACAUAUCGCAAAACAAGGGCUAACAUUAGGAACCUGUUACCCACUUAUAACACAUUUUUGUAAUUUAAAAUUACAAUAUAGUUCAAUAUAGAUAUGUAUCAAACAUGGGGUAGCUGAGAAAAAACAUCUAUAUGAAAAAAUGGAAAUAAACUGCCUUUGAGCUGU